UUAAAUGGAUUAACCAAAAAUUAUUGUAGCAGUCAGGAAACGUCCCUUAUCUAAGAAAGAAAGUAAAGAAGGUUAGAAGGAUAUUGUUGAAGUUUAGGGUAAUACAGUUGUUGUUCGAGAACCAAGGUAUUGUUAAAAUGAUUAUAAUAGAGUCAAAGUAGAUUUAACAAAAUUCAUUGAAGAAUUCAAUUUCAAUUUCGAUGCUGCUUUUGAUUAAUAAUAUACAAAUGAAGAUUUAUAUUAAUAACUAGUAAAACCAAUGGUAUAAGCAGCAUUAAAUGGAACAAAGAUUACUUGUUUUGCAUAUGGAUAAACUGGAUCUGGUAAAACAUAUACAAUGUUGGGUGAUUAGAAUGUGGUAGGAAUAUAUACAUUAGCUGCAUAUGAUUUAUUUUAAUUGAUAUCAAAUUCUUUAGUGAUGAGUGUUUCAUUUUAUGAAAUUUAUUGUUCUAAAUUAUUUGAUUUAUUGAAUGAUCGUGUUCAAUUAGUUGCUAGAGAAGAUGCAAAAGGUUAAGUUAAUAUAGCAGGUUUAUCAGAAACAAAAGUACAUAGUGUAUAGGAAUUCUAAAAAACAGUAGAAAUGGGAAUAAAGAGUAGAGUAACUGGAUAGAAUAGUGUAAAUCAAGAUUCUUCUAGAUCUCAUGCAAUUUUAUAAAUAAAUUUAAGAUAGUAGAAUAAAAUGAUAGGAAAAUUAUCAUUUAUAGAUUUAGCAGGUAGUGAAAGAGGUGCUGAUGUUGUUGAAUAUCAUAAAUAAACUAGAAUAGAUGGUGCUGAAAUAAAUAAAUCUUUAUUAGCUUUAAAAGAGUGUAUUAGAGCACUUGAUCUUAAUAAAAAUCACACACCUUUCAGAGGAUCCAAAUUGACUUAAGUUCUUAAGGAUUCAUUUACUGGAAAUUGUAGAACUCUCAUGAUUGGUACUAUUUCACCUUGUCAUAAAGAUGCUGAACAUAGUCUUAAUACUCUAAGAUAUGCAGAUAGAGUAAUUUUGAUAAUUCAACUAUUAAUUAGGUUAAGGAAUUGAAGGCUCCUUAAGCUUCAAAUAGUGUGGAUCAAUUAACAAGAGAGUUAAUGCUGCCAAGAUAAUAUAUUAUGAAUAAUUAUCUAUUUGAAAGUCCUUAAGCUGUUAAAUCUGUUUCACCUCCUAAAUUAUUUGAUCAUGAUAAUGCAGACUUAUAUUAAGAUGAAAUUUAAAUCAAAUCUAAUAGAAAUAGUAAUCUUAAAGAUAAAUAUGAUGAACUUAUCUAAUAAAUCUUAGAUGAAGAAAGAGCUCUUAAAAAGGCUCAUAGAGAUCACAUUGAUGAUUUUAUUGAAUUGGUUAAUGAUGAAAUGAAAAUGUUAUAAACUGUUGAUCAACCUAAUUCAGAUAUUGAAGAAUAUGUUGAUGGUCUUGAUCAUGUAUUAAGAUUAAAAAUUGAAAAGAUUAUGAGGUAGAUUUAACAUUUUUAUUUCUUAGAUUGCGUAAAAAAUUGUAAUCAUUUAAAUAGCAUUUAAUGGAUGAAUAAGAUUUAGCUCAUUAAUGUCAGACUCAUUUCUAUCAGAAACCACACUAAAACUGAU